CUGAGUGACACGAGGGAAUUGAUGUAUCCACUGUCUAUUUAUAACACAGAGCAGGUGUGCUGUUACACAGAGGCAAAGUGAUUGGCUGAGAUCCUCAGAGGACUCUUUGUGCUUGUGUAAAUACAUACAAACACACACAGGUAACAUCUUGCGUCUGCCCUGUGAAAAUAGGCAUGCACAAAAAAUACAUACAUACACACAGAUACACAUAGGUUUUUUCGUUCAUUGGAAACCUUUGGUACAGUGUAGGUGCAUACAUGCACGCCCAUAUGUAAAAUGCAUUCACAUGCAAGCAUACAUUCAGACAAUAAAAGAUAAAUUGACUGCCACUGGCACCCACACAGCUAAAACACUAAUUUCCACUCAAGUGUUGAGAGGGGAAACAAGAUGCUCUUCGCAAUAUUAGAUUUUAGUCCCCAGGGGGUAGAGCAGAUCCACACCCUCAAACAGAUCCACUGAGCAGCACUUCACUAAUAUGAUCUACAGCACUCAACAAAUCAACAGAUCUUGUCCUAAUAUAAAUGCAUCACAUACAGCUUUAAACACCAUGUACAAAGCUAUUGAGAGAACUACCUGUGACCACAUUUUAUGCCUUCAACAGUGAGGUCAAAUCACUCAAGAAGAGACAGGCAGGUGGUGGCAAAGUGAUGCUUGUAGAGUGAGAAGAACCUUUACCCUCUGUGCUUUAUUACCUCAGAAAAAAGGAACAACAUUUCAUGAGAAUCGAGGGUGGGAGGAAGAUAGCUUUGUUUGCAUUUGCUUUUUAAUGUGGUCAUUUGCACCUACCUUCAGUGAGACUGAAAGCACUGCUGCAACCUCAAAAAGGAAGUAGGCGAGGCCUGUUUUGACAGCAGCACUGCUCCAAUAUAUAUAUAUUGAAGAGUUACUAUUUUGAAGUUUUACUUUGUAUGUAAAAAAGGAUGAAGCACUGGUGAACUGAGACAGAGAUCUGUCUGAUUGGAUGUUUCCAUGGACUUUACUGGACUAUUCUGCAGACCUCAACAUUAGGUGGAUAUUUUGGGGUUGGUACUGGAUGACUGACAAGCUUUUGAACCACAAGAUUUUUUAAAAUAUAAACAGAGAGAAACUGAGAUUGAGGUAUUAUUUGACACACCUAAGGAUAUCUUGCCUCUUGGAUACUGGAUCAAUCAGAUUCAACUCUGUGACAAUGCCUGUGAUUGUAUUGGAGGCCAAAGACUUCACCAGUCCCCUUUUUUUGGUGCGGACAUGCGAAGUCUUAUCCAGCUGUACCACCUUCAGUCUUGUGGCCUCACUGGAAUCUUCAGAGUUCAACACAAGUCAAUCUCACACAUUCAGGAUCUUCUGCAUGUUUACCUGGUGCUUCUUCUUCACCAUUACUCUUCUUAUCCACAUUCUCAGCAUCAUCCAGUUUCACAGCCUCAUCCCAAUAUCCUGGAAGAACCUGACGAUGACGGUGGCAGCGUUAGGUGCUCUGAUGUGUCUCAGUGCCUCUGUAGUCUUCCCUUGGAUCGUCAUUGAUCAUCAAAGGGUUUCGCCGCGCUUUGUGGCAGCUGCUGUUGUCUCCUGUCUCACUGUCCUGGCCUAUACCUCUGAGUCCUACCUUCUUCGCACCCAAGCCCAUGAACAAAGAGGCUACAUGGGCAGCAUACCUGGUCUCCUCAAGAUACUCCAACUGUGGGGAGGCUGUCAGAUGAUACCCCUGAUUGUGGAGGAGGCCCCAGGACUACAUAAUGAAUACAGUUGGCAGCUAUGGAUUUCCUGCACAUCAUACAGUGUCUGUGUCCUUAUGUGUCUCGUCACACUGGUGGUAAUAUUAGGUGACUUUGCUGGACGAUGCCUCCUACCUUUUGAUAGAUUUUUGGCUGGCUUCAGUCUGGUUGGGGUGUUGCUCUACAUGGUGGCCACAGUAAUUUGUUUUACCAAGAUUCUGCAGCUGAGAAACAACGGACCAAACACCAAACAAAAUACAGAGCUGGUUAUCAUGGAAACAGUUGUUGCAAGUAUUACAUUGUUAGCUUAUACAGUGGACCUUGCCUUCUCCAUCAAACUGUUGUGUGACAGGAGUCAUGCGUGAAAUAACAUAUCACAUUAAAUGCACUGCAUGUGAAGUUCAUUAUAUAUAGUUUUGAAAAUUUUAGGAGAAAAUCAUGUCUUUGGCAAGUAUGUAAAGUCAAACUGAAUGGAUGUUUUUACUGCUAAUUGUCGCUGUGUAAUCUCACUCUCUCAAGACAUAUGGAUGGCUAAUGUGUAAGAGUUAUACAACUUGUUGACAUAUUAAACUUAUAGCAAAAAAAUAUAUAACUGAUCGCCAUGAUCACUCUGUACUGCGGUUUUACUGACAUGUCAAAGAGCUGUAUGACAUUUAUAGACCAGUUUAGUAUGACACACAUACUGUUCAACCACUAAACUUGAGUUAUGUGACAGGUGCACUGACUCAUAAACACACAGUGUCCAUUAUGGACAUAAUAACAUGGGGUAUGAACUGUAUGGUAGCUGAACAGCAGUCAUCACUGAUAAAGAUUGAAUUCCAAACUGUUGACUGUAAGCAUAUAAUUUAGAAGAUAAGGUCGAAAAUGAAGAAAAGUGACAUCAAAAGGUGCAGACUAAUAAAUAACUAAUAAUACUUUGAAUUAAAACAUCAUUAUUGAAAUAUCA